CCCAGCUGACAUCGUACGUUGAUAGCCGUGUGUAUUGUCCCUACCCAGAUAGUGGUGCUUUUAAUCUUUUGAUUGUUUCCCAUUUUCUGAUGUUUCUGCUUGCACUUCAUAUGGGUAGUUUAUUUGUCCAAAUUAGGUACGCAGUGAUUUUAUUGAUCGGUAGAGAUGAAUCUCUAAGCAGACACCCAAAAUGUUGCUGAAGACUGAUGGAAAUGUUCCCAACGUCUACAAGCUGCUCAUCAUCGGCGAUAGUGGCGUCGGAAAAUCGUCGUUGCUAUUGCGGUAUGCCGAUAACAUCUUCCCCCAGCAACACCAGAUCACAAUCGGCGUAGACUUCAAAAUCCGAACACUGACCAUUCACGGUGAGCGCGUUAAACUGCAAAUCUGGGACACGGCCGGUCAGGAACGGUUUCGGCUGAUCACCAACAGCUACUACCGAGGGGCGCACGGAGUGGUGAUCAUGUACGACGUGACCAAUAUGCGUUCGUUCCAGCACGUCAAACGGUGGCUGCGGGAGGUCGAAGUGAACUGCCGAACGACCGGCGAGGUGUACAAACUGCUGGUGGGAAACAAGAAUGACAAUCCUCAGCUGAAGGCGGUGCCGCCGAGGGACGCCAAGGCGUUCGCUGAUUUGCACGGGAUGGAAUUUAUCGAGUCAUCGGCCAGGGAGUGUUUUAACGUGGAUAAGGUUUUUAAGACGAUCGCAAAACAGCUAGUACGGCGGCAAUUGAAAGAGGACGGGCAAGAUUGGUGUUUUCUAGAGAAAGAAUCUAUCAUGCUGAGUGAUCCCAGAGUCGACAGUAUUAAGAACCAAGGAUUCUGUUGUUAAGUUUUAUAGUUAUUCAGUGGAAUAAAUAAAGUAUUUAUUUACAAAAGGAAACUUUCUUAAAUAGUGAUUGUGGCGUGCUCCAGCUCUAAAACUGAGCUUGGUCAAUUUGUGAAUUAAGAAACGUUGCAUACCUGUAUCCUUUCCUUGAUAGCCUUAAUUGCUAGUAAAUUUUCUUAUUUUUGUACUUCUAUUAUGAGACAUUUCAUUUACUCGAGCAGCAGUUUGUUUUUACUUGCAGAAUAAUAAAACAAAAUGUUUUUUUAUUCUUUAGUAAUGUAGUAAAAGUGAACUCAUAGCUUGCAAUCGUAACUCGUUAUCCCUUGUACAGUCUAGAAAAUUUAGAAAAAUUAUCCCAACUAAAUGAAUGAAAUAAAUUGGUAACAUGCAAUGAUUUUACUAAAAAA